AAAUUAUUUGUUGAUCAUUGAAAUAUAAAGUAAAAAAAUCAGAAGAAGAAGAAAUUAAUUGGACUUAAUUUUGAAAACGGAAAGGAAUUUUUGAAUUCCCUCUUUUUUGAUUUUAUUGUUGAUCACUUAUUUAUAUAUUAAUAAUACAUUUAGUAUUGUGUGAGCAAAUAGAAAACCGAAAAGAAUAAUUAGAAUGAACAAAAUAGUUGUUAAUUUGUUUAUUGUUAUUCUUGCUACCAUGACAUAUUCACAGUUAUUGACAAAUAUCAAUCCAAAUGAUAAAUUCUAUGAAAAUAACAAUAAACCAACUAAUCCGUUAUUUACAACAAUUAAUAAAACUUCUCAUAUGAAUUUAUUACCAAAUUCAUACUUUUUAGAUCAUUUAAAUACUGAUUAUUAUUUAAAUACUAAAGAGAAAUUCACUAAACAUCUUUAUCCUUUGAAGAGUCAGUUGAAACAACGACAAGAAUUUUUAAAAGAUAUUCUUCCGAGAAAUUCACAUAUUGAUCAGUCAUAUUUAGUUAAACGUGUUUUAGCUGAUUAUAGAAAACGGCAAGCUAUAUUAGCUGAUUACAAAAAACGCUCUACUUAUGAUAAUGAUAAUAAUGAUGAAGAGGAUGACAAUACAUCUAUAAAUAUGAAAUGAACUAAUGAAUUAAUUGGAAAUUCAUUACACUUUUUCUCGUGUGUGUGUGUGUCUGUGUGCAUGCAUGGUUGUACUCAUGCACUACCAUGUUAUAAUUUAUAUUCACAUUUAAAUUUUAGUAAAUUAUAAUGAUAAUCAAACAAAAUAAAAAAUUUAUCAUAUUAGUUUAUUAUUAUUAUUAUCAUUAGCUUUAUUCAAUAUUAUAUUUUCGGUACAAUAUAGAAUUCUCA